AUGAACACCAGCAGUAAUUUCACUACUGUUUCCUGUGAUUACAAUUGCUGGAAGAAGAUAAUUGAUCAACUUAAUGCCUUCAUGGUCGUGCAGAAUGUGCCCAUCUUACUGUUUAUGUGCCUGCUUGUGGUGAUAGGAAUCCCUGGCAAUCUUAUUGUGAUUUGGAUAUACUGCGUGCGCAAGGUUCGAACCACUGCCAAUUGCUUUGUCAUCACCCUUGCCUGUGUGGAUCUGACAACAUGUGUCGUUAUACACCCGUAUGUUAUAUCCAAGUUGUUUAACAGCUUCAACCAACAGCAGGUUUUGACCUGCAAAUUGUUCGAGUUUCUGAUUCAUUCAACUUUGUCUAUAUCCGCCAUUGUUUUGUUCGUGGUCGCAGUGGACAGGUAUCUAGCUAUUUGCAAACCAUUUCAUUUUUUAAAAUAUCAGAAACAUGCCACAGCUAUUUUAAUCAUAACGUUUGUUAUUGGCACUAUCGAUAGCCUUCCGUUACUAGAGUUUUAUGGUAAGAGGACAAUACAAGUAUCUUCAAUGUCCAACAGCAUAGUUGAAGGAUACAUAUGUGACUACAGUGACGAGUAUCAAGGGACGGCAUCAAUGACGUCAUUCGGGUUUGUCAUGUUUGUUUGUUUCUCUGUGAUUGUAGUAGGGAUGAUGAUUAUGUAUAUCAAUGUUGCACGUACAGCAUAUAAACAACGUACAAGGGUCGUUUCUCCUGCAGACUUGGCGACCGAUUUUGGAGAAAAGAACUUGAAAUAUGGCAACAAAGCUCCAAGUCAGAGUGUUCCAGUUAAAAGUGGUCCUAGUCGGAGUGGACAGACAGUUAGUCCCGUAAUGGUGUUGUCAGGGUCUUCGGAUUUAAGUUCCGUGUCAACAGUUGAGCAUGUAUCGUUGACAGUCAAUAUGUUCAGGGCAAAUAUGUAUAAGGAUUUGAAAUCAAAGACACAACAGCCUUUAUUUAAAACAUCAAGCAAAUAUGUCCAGAAACGCAUGUUGAGUGCAGACAAUAACAAAGUGAAUGAAGAGCGAAAAAGCGGAGAAACAUCAAGCAAGAGUAAGGUUCGAUGGAAGGCAACAACACAGUUGAAUCACAGAUACUCAGCAAGGUUGAAAGCAGCUAAGAUUCUGUUUCUCGUAACAGCAGUGUUUCUCUUGUCCUGGCUUCCAUUUUGGGUGAUCAGAUUUUGCUGGCUUUUCGCGCCGUCGUACAUGGCUGGUCAAUCAGAGACAGGAAAGGCAGUGUUGAAUUUUUUCAUGCACUUGUUUUAUUUAAACAAUGCUGCAAACCCUGUUAUCUAUACCAUCAUUAAUAAGAAUUUUCGUGCAGAAUGUCGUCAAUAUUGGGAACGUUUUCGCGUUAAGAUUGAUCCAUCAUAA